AUGUCGCUCAAACAAGAAAUCGAAACUUGGGUGCAGGCCCUUGAUGCCUACGAUAGUCAAAACUUCGAUGAGGCCUUGCGCUGCUUUGAACAUAUUGCUGAUACAUCAAAGAUCCUGUUCAAUUGCGGCGUGAUCUAUGCAACGGUGGGCGAGCAUAAGAACGCAGUAGUCUGUUACCAACGUGCUGUCGGCCUAGAUCAGUACCUGGCAAUCGCCUAUUUCCAGCAAGGUGUAUCCAAUUUCCUGCUUGGUGACUUUGAAGAAGCAUUGGCCAACUUCAAUGAUACUUUGCUAUAUCUGCGAGGGAAUACCUCAAUCGAUUAUGAGCAGCUGGGACUUCUGUUUCGACUAUAUUCAUGCGAAGUCUUGUUCAAUCGAGGUCUAUGCUAUAUAUACCUUCGGCAAAUGAACCCUGGCAUCGAAGACCUUCAAUAUGCAGCAAAGGAAAAAGUCACACCUGACCACGAUGUGAUCGACGAUGCUAUCCGCGAAAAUGCAGAUGGAUACACUGUUUUCUCAAUUCCCGUCGGGGUUCUCUAUCGCCCAAAUGCAGCCAAAGUCAAGAAUCUCAAGACAAAAGACUACCUAGGCAAAGCCCGACUCGUUGCCGCAUCAGACCGCAAUCAAUCUUCAAACCACCAAUGGCAACCAAUAAUCGACCAAGAAGCCCUGCAAGGCCGAGAAGGCGUCUCCUUCGCAGCAAGCCAUUUAGUCCGCCAAAACCUCAGCAGCCGCACCCGCCAGCAAUCUGAACCACCUCUAACCCGCAACGUAUUCCCCCCAACACCACCCCCAGACGACCGAUCCGUCAGCACAGCCUCAGGAACUCAGUUGGGCCACAAACGCUCCACCUCUCUACGCUCCCCUCUACGAGGCGUCCGUCCCCCACGUCUCGAACUAGACCGCCCAAGUAGCGUAGACCCCCGAGAAUCCUCCGAAAAACCGCGAAUAGGCACAACCCGCACAGCGUCCGAGCCCCGCCCCUUCUCCAAAACCAACGCGCGAGCCUUCGCCGAACCAAGCCGGCACGCAGCAGGUCCAGGUCCCCGCCGAGACCUCGACGCAACACCGCACCCAGACCAAAAAUACAGCACCGAUUCUUACGAGUACUCCAACCGGCGCAGCGCAGGCUGGGGCCGCGGCCCCCGCUACCAACCACCACCGCAGUACAUCGACGAAGAAGAAGAAGAGGAAUUCGCCAGCGAGCUAUGCGACGGUUCGACCCUCAACACCCUCAACAACGGCUUUGAGAUUGUUGGUGCAGGUCAAAGCCAACGGCGAGACCCUUCGCCCGCGCCUGCGCGGUACUCGCGACCUGGCAAUCCGCGCAGGGCUGAGAUCCAAAAAUUCCGUACGAAGGUUCAUGCCCCUGAUGAUACGCGGUAUAUCAUGAUUGGGCCGACGGUUGAGUUUGGGGAAUUUGAGAAUCGGAUCCGUGAGAAGUUUGGGUUUAAGUGUCCGCUUAAGAUGAAGGUACAAGAUGAUGGGGAUAUGAUUACGAUGGUUGAUCAGGAGGAUUUGGAUUUGCUAAUUAUUUCGGCGCGGGAGGUGGCGAAUAGGGAGGGGAGUGGGAUGGGGAAGAUAGAGAUAUGGGUUGAAGAACGGGCUAUGUUCUGA